UGUGAUGACGCUUUCAAGGGUGGUGGUUAUGAGAAACAGGAUGAAGACGAGGACGACGACGCGGAGACUCUUAUUUCCCCCAGCGAAGUCGGCACUCCGCAAAAAGAGCAUUCGCCUAGCUCUCUUUUCUCUAGGCCAACUACCGUUCAAUCAAAUCUCUUUCAAGAAAAUUCGGGUGCUUUAAACUCCUAUGCUUCAGAUCAUUCCUAUCAGUUGGAUAUUAGCCCCUCCGACCAAAUCAGCUCUUCUCUUUUGGCCACUCCAAACUAUAAGCCAUUGAAGACUAGCUACCCAUCUUCUAAUGUGCGAUCGCCAUAUCGCUUUUCUUUAAAGAUUUCCGGUGCCUCGUUUCCAAAUCACAAUCCGUUGGAGCAAGGGGUACGCUACACCAGUCUAAAGGAGAUGGCUGAAGAUGUGUACACUUUAGCUGUAUGGACGUCAAACCAACUUACCCGAAUGUUCUUCGACGAGUCCCGUUUAGCUGGACUUGACUUGCCUGAUGGACUGCGCCAGAACCCUCAAGCGCCUAUUUUAUUCCAGGCCGAUUAA